CCAGGCCAGACCAGGCAACGACUGAGUGGGUACAUAUUGCUGCUUUGAUCAUUCCUUAUCUAUUCUUCUUAUCGGGAAGAUUCAGCCAACCACAGGUGCUUGCCGCCCUUCCUGCUUCUGUUGGUUCCAACCCACCAGCCUCCGCCUCCUGAGCGAUGCUGAUCCUAUCCUGCCCUUCCAAGUUGCAACUGCUAGAGGGGAUUUUGAGGAAGAGCCUUCCUCAGACCCUUUCGGUCCAUGGAGCAGUAAUGCACAUAAACCGUGGGAACCCAGCUGGGCAUGAGGUCCUGGUGGAUUCAUGGCCAAAUUUCAAGGCUGUCCUCACCCGGCCACACAGAGAGGUUGCCAAAGAUGACUCCAAUUUGUUCAUCAACAUGUAUGCUGCAUUUUAUCAUGAUCUUGAUGCGUAUCGGACACUGUUGCAGGACUCAGAUGCUAUCAACUGGGCCCAAACAUUCUAUAUCCUUGGGCACCAGGACGGGAUACUUGAGGCUUCCCAAGACGCUGCCGCCACCAAGCAAGUGGAGUUCUCACCAUCUUCCUACUUUACUUACUUGAACCCGGACCCAAACAAAAUGCGCACACGUCAGCUAGAUCCCAGCCUGAGACUUUCCACUUUGGAUAGCUCCCAUGUAGACCUGCUGAAUGAAAAAUGGCCCUACGGGGGUAGUGAACAGAGUCGUAGGUACCUGGCCACUUUGGUGCGUUCCUUCCCCAACAGAUGCAUCCUAGAUGGCAAUGGACUCCUGAUCAGCUGGGGCCUUUUUGAUCCUUUUGGUGCAUUGGCACAUGGCUAUACCCUUCCAGAAUAUCGUGGUCAUGGCUACAUGACUGCAGUCUCUAAAGUACUUUCCAUGCAUGUCCAUGCAUCUGGCUAUCCUGUAUAUGGCAAUGUUGCCCUUGAUAAUGUGCACAUGCAGAACAUAAAUGAACGUUGGGGCUCUCAGAGAUUAUCCCCAUUGUGUCAUUUUAUUUACCAUGCUCCUAAGACCGCCACUAUAAACAUAUAAACUUCCUUCAGUCUCAGCAAAACUUGUGAGACCUUUGGAGAUAGUAAAUAUCACUGUAUUGCCAAUGUGGCUGAACUUCAAGAUAGGAUAUAGUAUUGUGUCAACCAAGCUAUUCACAUUUUUCCCCAGCUGUUAUUCUUUAUACUCACUUUCUGUGAAGUAUCACUCUUACUCUCUACUCACUAGACCAGUGGUGGCGAACCUAUGGCAUGGGUGCCAGAGGUGGCACUCAGAGCCCUCUCUGUUGGCACGCCCAAACAGAGUCGCCCCACCCCACACCCCACACACACAUCUAGGCUGG